AUCCUCCCUUUCAUCUCUAUUCCCUGAUAAAUGUGGUGAGAUAGGACAGGGGGAGAGAAUAGACUGAGCCGAGGGACCAGUCUGAAGGUAGUUGGCACGCGAGGGAGUGAGAGGUGAGGUGAUGGAGGCGUGGCGCGGCCUAGCGUGGCGUGCUGAGUGAAAGACAGCGGUGUGUGCUGUGUGGUGUGGUUUAGUCCGGUUGAGGCAGUGGCAGGUGUCAGUGGUGGGCCGGACCUGAAGGACCUGGACUAAUGUUGGCCACUCUUACGUCUUGACCGGUCCUGUGGGAAGUGUGUGAGAGUGUGAGCAGGUCGAAGAUGCCGCGGUUCAAAGUGAAGGAGGAGGUGAUGGCGCGCUGGCCGGGCUCCGCGCUGUGGUUCAGGGGCUGGGUGGUGGACAUGAACGACAUCGAGUACCAGAUUAGAUUCGACGACGAGGCGAAGUCCGAGAUGGUCCUCAAAUACAAGGAUGUCAGGAGUGCAGGAGAGUUCAAGCGUUCAUCCAGCAAGGGCAGGUCGCGGAGCCGUGGCCGAUCCAGGAGUCGGGGUCGCACGUCCAGGGGCAGAAGUCCCACCCGCAAGAGUCCUGCCCGCAAAAGUCCUGCCCGUAACCAGAGUCCAGGGCGGAGAGGGCCUGGCCGGCCAUCUAAGAACAAGGUGAAAGAGAUUGACAAUGUCAUCACCACCACCACCACCACCACUGAGGAGGAGGUGACGGUGCUGACCAGAGGAGCGCAGGAAGCCGAGGCAUUGAUCUGGGCCAAGAAUGACUCCCCACUGCCGUCAUUGCGACCCAGACUGGCCCGGGCUGACCUGCACACACCCCGCACCUCCACACCCACCAGACAGUCUCCUCGCCUCACUGUGCUCACCAACAACAAGGUGAAUGAUGUGGAGGUGAACAACGUGAAGCCACAAAAGGUGGUAGUGGAGGAGAGCCCCGUGAAGCGGCCGGGUGUGGUGCAGCGCCUGGGCAGUUGCCUGUGUGGCCUGGUGUGUGGCGCCGGCUGUCUCUUGAAGAGAGUGUUGAGUGCCCUGGUGCCCUCCAUGGCCACCAUCACCACCCUGCCUGCCUUAGCAUUCAUGCUGGCCAUGCCUGUUGUCCUCAAUGAAAUGUGCACAAAGAGCAAAUGCACCGUGAUGGAGUUGCCGUCCAUCCCUCAGAAGCUGCAGUAUUACUAUGACCCGCUGGCAAUAGCCAUUGUGUUGGGUUUCAUGAUUGUGCAGACCUUGCUGUGCCUGGUGCCGCUGGGCAGGAAAGUGCAGCCCAUCAGUGGAGCCUCUGUGCGCUGCAAUGGGUUUGUGGCAGUGGUGUUGUCUCUGUCGGUGGUGCCUCUGUGCCUGUACAUGGAUUACAACAUACUGGUGGUGUACUCCAAGUAUCGGCAUGUGAUGGCCACCAGCCUGGUAAUAGGGAUCGUGCUGUCCCUGGCCGCCUACAUCCACGGCCACUAUGCCCCCAAGGAUGCCAGGAACCCGGCCGGCAACUCUGGCUCCUUCCUGGCCGACCUCUUUGUGGGGCGAGAGGUGGCACCUGUCGUGUUGUCCCUGGACCUCAAGUUUGUGCUGGUCCGCAUCGUUUGCCUGGCCCAGAUUGUGAUCAACAUACUCAUUGUAGUGAAGGACAUGCAGGGCCACCAGGGCCAGUAUAGCCCCACCAUGCUGCUGGCCUCCAUCAUGCAGAUAUUCUACGCAGCCAACUGGAUCUGGUUUGAGGAUGCCUACCUCACCACUUAUGAGUACCAGCGCCAAGGGUUUGGGCUCUUCCUCAUCCUUGGAGAUCUGUCAAUGCCCUUCAUCCUGCCCAUCUUCUCCAGAUUUGUCUUGAACCACCGGACUGAGCUGGAGUGGUACUGGCUGACGGCAAUUGCUCUCCUCAACCUGACGGGCUACACCAUCUGCCGCGGCUCCAACAACCAGAAGCACGCCUUCCGCUCCAACCCAUCCGACCCUGCCCUGGCCCGCCUGGAGAGUCUCCCCACCGCUGCCGGCACCAGGCUGCUUGUGUCUGGCUGGUGGGGGCUGGUGCGUCAUCCCAACUACCUCGGAGACAUCCUCAUCGUCAUCUCCUGGGCCCUUGUCUGUGGCUUCACCCAUGCCCUGCCCUGGGUGCUGGUGGGUCUAGACGUGCUGUUCCUGGUGGCGAGGACCUAUGAGGUAGAGGCGUGCUGCAGCAAGAAGUACGGUGCCGCCUGGGACAGCUACACUAAGAGGGUCAAGUGUCGCCUCAUACCCAAAGUGUUUUAGGCCAAACUGCGUGAACUUGCUCAGCCUCACCUGUUGAGCCCCUCUGCUGGACAAGUAUGUUGAUGGCUUCAGUGGUAAUAGUCUGUUGGCCAAAGAUCGUGGUGGACCAAAAGGUGAAAAUCUGAUAGAUUGGGGGAAAUAAAAUAGGUUUUAAUGGUUUUAACUGAAUAACAUGAAUCUUUUUAAUUGAACUUAUGUAAUAUUGGACAAGAAUACAGCUCUCAUGCAUAGUAUUACUGAGAAUGUGUGUCUUGGAUGAGGAGGAAUUAUCAGUUGUGCACCUUUUAAUGCAUUUUUCACAUGGACAGUAUAUACUGUACAAAGGGCUUGCUGUGGCCAGGUCAGUGAUUCUUAAAGUGAAGUAAAUAAUGUUUCAUUUUUAGUGAAGGAAAGUGUGGUAGGCUGUGAUGUGCCUGUGCUCAUGUGACCCCCGGCCUGUGUUGCCUGGCUGGGGCGUGAGAGCAGCCCGUGCUGCUGUGUUGCUGCGCUGCUCUGCCUCACGCGUCAGCUGCCUCAACACAGCUGGAGGUUGUUUUAUCUUAUCAGAAAAAUUCACAGCAAGAUUAGUAUUUUUAAAAUAUAUAAAGUUGUAAAUACUAACUUAUGCCUUUGGGUAUGCCAAGACUGACAGAUUGAAGGAGAUAGAAGGAGUCAGAAGUGAUGCAAUGCUCUAGUGUAAGUACAAAAUGUACAUAGCAUAUUUUUAAGGAACACAAAUUUUUCAUAUAAAUUUAUAAUUGGAGAGAGCUAAAGAAUAUUUUAAGAAGCGCCAAGAGGAUUCGUCUGGUAGGUAGUGUUGCAUUAGUGCUGUAAGGCUGAGAAGGCCCCAUGACCCACCACCCACGACCCCCUCCAGCAGCAGGCAGAGGAGUGAUCUCAAGAGUGGCGGUAGCCUUGUUGGUGUGCCCUCAAACCCUCCACCUCACACUGACAGAUCCCAUCCUGCCGUACAACCUUUCUCGUGUACUGUACAGCAUGUUUUUACAUUUAUGCCUGUAAUUUAGGACUUUAUUAUGCAGUUCUUCCCAUAAAUUGUGACUGGAGCAGAUCCCAGAGAUGUUCUUGGUUCUAGGAAUGUGAGCAUCUCUGGGAAUGUUUUGAGUUGCACUUUAUGGAAAGUCACCUGCUUCACCUGAACAAGCCGACAUCACAAAUAGGGACCUGCCAUACAUGUAAGUUUGGACGUUUCCUCAGAUUAUCUAAACCUAUAAUUAUAGCAUAUAAAUUAAAACUGGAAAUUUCAAUGCGUGUAAGAAAGACAGUAAAGUUUACUUAUAAUUAUGUAUAUAAGUACUUUUGGUUUUGAGAUAAUUACUACCAGGUUAUUACUUGUACAGCUUGCAAGUAUUGAUGUGUAAGUUUUCCAUAUAAAUAAAACUCCUUUUGUAAUAAA